CAGUAUGACGCUGGUGAAAAUUGCUUAUAAAAGGUAGACAGAACUGGUUUCGUAAUGACGGACAAAGGUUACCUACUAGCCACAGGCCACAGUAGACGACAAGCCCUUCAAUUCUAAGUGGCCGGCCGUAGAGGCCAUUAGGUCGAAUGGUCCUGACUUAGCGCUAAUGUUGUUGGCGGUUCCUUAUCUCCUUCAUGGGGUCCCCAAUGCUGGAAGUCCGCGGCUCCUCGGUAGCAAGGACUAUAAGUGUUGCAAAUGCCAGAGAGGAAGCUUUUGGACUGGACGCCCAUCCACUUUUAUGCCGACAGGCACAGCAGCAGCAACUGCCACAGCAGCCUUUGCAGGUGGUGGGCGGCGGCUGCAAGGCCCUCAACACAGCCUACAGUGGGCCUCCGGAGUUCCAAGUAGCUCCUCUCAGCCUCGUGACAUCACCCUGCGGCAGACCCAGCGGUAGCAGCAGCAGCAGCAGCAGCGUUGCUGGCGCCGCCGAGGGGUCAUUUGCCUCUCGCCAGCCCUAUCGUGCUAGCGACUCCUCCCUCGAACCACACCCUGCGUUGGGAGUAGCAACCGCCGCAGCCGCCCCUGCACCUCUCUCCACCCGGCAAUGGCAACCGCCACGCGGCGCCCUAACUGCCGGGCCCCAGGCCAACACACCCGCCAGCCCCCAAGCACCCCAGCAGCAGCAUCUAUUGCUGCAAUUACCGCAGGCGCAGGUGCUCCUGCAGGCUCCAAACCACCACCUGCAUUACCACCUCCAGCAGCACCCGCAACGAGUUCCCUCACAUCGCAGGACGUCGACAAGCAGUAGCAGCGGCGCUAGCUGCUAUGGCGGGGGCGGGGGCGGAGCCGGGGGCGGGGGUGGAGUGGGAGCCGCAGCAGCGGCUGGGACCGCAACAGCAGUAGCCGGCCCCACCGCUCUCGCUCUGAUGGCGGCGGGAGUGCCGUCCGUGUACGGCAGUUGGGCCUCCAGCACCGGCAGCAGCUGCAGCGGGGCGGGCAGUGCCAGCAGCAGCAGCGGCGGGGGCGGCAGCAGCAGUGGCAGCUGUAACAGCGGCAAUAACAGCGGCGCUAGUAGCAGUAGAAGCGCCGUCAGCAGCAGCAUCGCCACGACGGCGCCUGCCUGGCUGUCCAUGGCUGGGAACCAUGGGAUGCAUGUUGGCAGCAGCGGCGGCGGCGGGACGAGGUUGGGUGUCGGGAUGUCUGGUAGCGACCCAUGUAGCGAAACUGAGCAGCAUCCGCUGCUGCAACGGAAGCUAACGGGGGCGACUGCGGCUCCAGAUGACCCACGGGUCGCCCGCGCAGGUGGUACACCCGGCCUUGUCGGUGACGGCCUGGUUGCCGGAAGCGGAGAUUCUUCUAGGCAGCUCGACCAGCAGCCGCAUGGGCUUGCAGCGGGCACUCCCGACGGCAGUAGCAGCAGCGGCAGCGGCAGCAGCGGUCGCGGCUCUGCCAGCGAUGUUGCUGGUAGUAACGUUAGUGCUAGUGCUAGUGCUGCUGCUGCUGCUUCUUCCGGCGUAUCGCCUGCUGCUGGGGAUGAUGAGCUGCUGCUAGCAAGUCGGGUGGGUAGCGCUGGCGGCGCUGGCAGGGCCAGCUGCUCCCGAAGCGGUAGCAGACGCCGGCGCAAGCGGCGCCAUUCCAGCAAGCGCCAUGCUAACAGCAGCAGCGGCGGCGGUAGCGGCGGCGGUAGCAGUAGCAGCACCAGCUCCGCUCCUUCUGCCUCCGCCUCCACAGUGGUUACCCCGCGUGGCUCAUUUGCGGCCUCCCAUGCAGCCACUGCAUCCGGCACCACCACCACCACCACCGCCACCACCCCAGCAGCCCCAACGCCCCCGUCCCGAGGCGGCUCCGCCGCUACCACGCCCCGGGGUCUGAGGUCGCGUCCGUCCCUGCCGCCCUCCCGAGGCGGCAGCAGCCCCAACAGCAGCCUCACUGCCGCUGCUGCUGCUGCUUCCUGCAGCUCGGCAGCAGCAGCGGCGGCAGCAGCAGCAGCCGGCGGAUCUAGAGGCGGUGCGGCAGAAGCCGAUGUCGCCGUGCGGCCUGCCACCGCACUCGCUGCCGCCACCGCUGCCGCCGCUUGCAGUUCCUGUCCUUCCCAGCUACUGCUGCGGCCACCCCCGCCCCCCCCCACUGGCAGCCCCCGCCCUGCAGCAGGAGGACUCCUCGCCGCCCCCGUCACCCUCCCCCCGCGGCACCACCGCCACUGCCGAUCGCACCCCCACCGGCACCCCCCUGGACCUGGAGAGCCCAUGCUCUCGUGGCCCGCUCCUCUCCCCCAGCAGCCACCCCCACCCUCACCACCCACCAGCUCAGAAGGGCCACACGCGGCCCUCCCUGGAGCCCCUGCCCCUCCCAACAGCAGCAGCAGCCACCCCUGUGCCCUCGCUAUCCGUCUCCGCCUUCUCCCCGUCCUCCAUCUCCUCAGCCUCCACCGCCCCUGGAGCCCCGAGCACCCCUCCCUCCGCCCCCUGCAUGCCCCCCUACCUCCGCUCCACCGCCCUAGGCAGCGCCUGCACACCCUCACCAACCCGCCUCUCACAAACCACGCCGGCCGGCUUCCUGUCCUCCCUGUCGCCCCCGCCACCACCGUCACCGGGUUCGACAGCAGCGGAGAAGAACCCUCCGGCGGCGGCGGCAGCAGCGGCGGCGGCACUGCCCUUCCACCGUGAUCCCCGGCCCUCCCCGCUCGCCCUCUCCGCACUGGCCUCGCAGCCCUCACAGCAUGCGGUGGUGAUGGGACCUGCAUCUCCCGCCUACGCUCCUGCUCCCGCGCCUGCCUCCUCCUCCUCCAUGAGCGCGGUGGGCCCCCCCAGCCGGGUGGUGGCGCACCUGCGGGACCAACACCAGCUGAUGCAGCACCAAAGCAGCGGCACCAGCACCGGCACCGGCACCGGCAGCUACACUAACAGCAUUGACGUCGUCAACAAUACCGACGCCCGGAACUUCCACCCCAGCCCGAACCCGUACCAACAACCCCAACUGCCACAGCAACAACAUCACCCUACCACCGCCACUGCUGCCACCGCCACCACCACAGCAGCAACAAGUAGUAGCAGCCCUAGCAAAAACAACAACAACAACGCCAGCAACGGCGCUGUCGUAGCAACGGCCAACCACCAUACCAUCCGUACGCUCUGUCCUCCCCCUGGGGUGCCGUAUCUUAUGAUUGGCGGCUCGGCGGCGCCUUUCGCUCUUCCGCCGGGUUUCGGAGCGGGUAACGGUAACGGUGGCGGCGCGGCCAGCACUCGUCACCGUUCCGGUCGCCGCCAUCAACACCAAAACCAGCAUCAUCGUCCCGCCAACGUUAAUAGCAGCGGCUGCAACAACGGCAGUAGCAGCCCCUCUCGUCAACACGACCACCACUCACCGCAGCACAGCCACCACCACUCGACCAUGGUGGCUAGCGGGAUGCUGGGUGCCUCGCAGACGUCGCAGAUGUUGUCGGGGGUGGUUGCUACCAGCUGUUGUACGGCGAGUCGUGAGGCCGGCAGCGGCGGCAGCGGUGGUGGUGGCGCUGAUCCCGGGGAACACGUCCGGAAGGCGCAGUCUGACGAGCGCCACCGCCAGGCCGCCCAGCGCGAGCGGCGACGUGUGGAGGUGUACGCGUUGAACAGCCUGCUGGCCCGAUCCGAGGCGGCUCGCACGCAGCUGCUGGUGGCAGCCAUGGAGAAGGAGAGGGAGAAGGAGGGG